UAUGCUUCUCCUGGUACAUGCCACAGAAGCCUAAUAGCUGCCUAGUGAAUUGAGUUUUCCUACAGUUUCCCAAAAUUUUUUAAGGAGGGACCAGCUAAUAGAGGCCAUCGUGCAAAAAUCCUGGAUUUCACUGAGUGACAUUUCAUCACACCAAAAAGAGAUACAGGAAACACCCUUCUUCAAACAACUGACAUGGAAGUCUUCAAAGAUACAAGCAUAUUUUUGGGGAAAUUCAUCUAUUACUUUCUAGAGUCUCUAAUCUUCCAUAUGGUUCCAAGACCUAAAAAGAAAGUUGCUGGUGAAAUUGUGCUAAUAACAGGAGCUGGAAGUGGCCUGGGAAGGUUACUGACCAUAGAUUUUGCCCGUCAGGGAGCAAUUGUAGUUCUCUGGGACAUUAAUCAAGAAGGUCUCUCUGAAACAUGUAGGCUGGCUAGGAAAUACAAUCCAAAUGGAGUGCAUGCCUACACAUGUGACUGCAGCAAAAGACUUGAAAUCUACAGAGUCGCAGAGCAGGUCAAAAAAGAAGUUGGUGAUGUUACCAUUCUCAUCAACAAUGCUGGAAUUGUAACAGGAAAAUUAUUCCUUGAGACUUCAGAUGAGCAUAUUGAAAAAUCUUUUCUUAUAAACUCCUUUGCUCAUAUCUGGACUUACAAAGCCUUUCUUCCUGCCAUGAUGGCUGCCAACCAUGGUCACUUGGUCUGUAUUUCAAGCUUAGCUGGAUUAGUUGGCAUGAAUAAACUAGGGGAUUAUUGUGCAAGUAAAUUUGCAUCAUUUGGAUUUGCAGAGUCCAUUUAUUUUGAAUUGAGGGAUCUAAAGAAACAUGGAAUUAAAACCACGAUUGUCUGCCCAUAUUUCAUCAAAACUGGAAUGUUCAGUGGUUGUACAACCAAAUUUCCAGCUUUAUUUCCCCUUCUGGAGCCUGAAUAUAUAGCUCAUAAAAUCAUGAAAGCCAUCCUGGAGGAGCAGGUUUACCUGAUUACCCCUAAACUAGCAUACUUGACAUUGGCUUUGAAACAAGUGAUAUCUUCAAAAAUGGCUCUGGCCCUUGGUGAUUUCCUGGGAGUUUUCGAUAAUUUGAAAAAUUUCCAAGGUAGAAUGGAGACAGAUAAAGUCCAGACUGUAGCAAAGAUACACCAAUAACUUAAAAUGGAAAUGUAACAACGUGAGGAAUACAGCAUCAAGGAGAAUGACACUCUUUCAGAGAAUCACUGGUGAUUCUGAAUGUGCCAACUUUAUACCUAGUUUUUCUCUGUUCAUUUUCCUAGGCAUUCAGAGUUUCAUUUUAAUUCUUAUUGAUUCCCAUGCUGUAGCCUAACUACUUUAGGUAUUCUAAUCAUCUUGGUGGAUGGUGUGAAAAUCUAAAAAAUUAAAUUAAAUUAAAAUCUUUAAUUAUC